AUGGCCUCUGAUCCUACCGUCGUAUUCGAAAGAUCUGCUCAGGAUCCAAGGAAUGUCUCCAUACAAAGAAUUGUUGAAGUACACCGAAGCAUUGAGCGUACGAUAUGUCCACUAGAACAAAAUCCUGACCAAAUAGUCUUUGGCCUUGCACUGAAAAGCCAGGAAUAUCAUAAGACAUGGUGGAAUUGGAGGCUGGAGUUAAGAGUAUCCGAAAACAGACAUUUUCCGCAAGCAGAGAAUUGGGGCAUUCAAAAUCAGCCGUGUUUCGGAAUUUUGAGACAGGCAGCCUCUAUCACAAAUGUAGUUUCGAAAGGAUAUACGAUAGAUGUGAUCGGUUCGAUAGGAAAGAAGAGGAGCCUUGCUCGUGAUUUUCCAGCUUGCGUGCUACGUGCUAGGUUCCAGUAG